AUGCCUCGAAAAUCUAGCGUAUCCCCGUCCGGAAUCGUGCACGAUUGCAAGCUUCAAGCAGAUGCGGAAGAGGACGUGCUCGCGCAGAUCAUCGACACCGGCAUUUUUAUCAAUCUGCGCCGCAAGCUGCUUACAUUGUCGAUGGUGAACAGGGACCAUCCGCGUACGCAGCUCUACUAUAAGUCAGGGGCGUCUUGCAGACGCGAGGGGGUCAGACAUCUGGUCAAUUAUAUGAUCAUGUCGCACCCGUUUUGCUUGUGGUGCUUGUACUGGGAGUUUUUCAUUUUCUGGGUAUAUUCGUACAUGUACUUGGUAUGUUCGUUGAGUGUGGCUUUUUUGCGGAACCGAGAAGUGCUCGGCAAGAUGAACAUCGCGAGAUUGGCUGGAGAUUUCGUUCUGUUGAUCGACAUGAUCCAUCUAUUCUUCAUGGGAUAUUACUGCACUGAGAAGAGUCGAACGAUCAUGAAUCCCAUCCAAGUAGCAAAGCACUACUUAGCUACAUACUUUUUCGUGGACCUCAUUUCUUCGGUGCCAUCUUAUUGUGAAAUCUUGAAAUGGUUGUUUGAUAUAGACGAGUUCAAUAAUCCAUAUCUGAGUGCAAUGCGUCUUCUUUCCAUAUUCAAAGUAUUCAGAAUAGGUCGAUGGUUGGAGACCUUGGAAUUGUACCGGCAGUACAUGAAUUACUCGAGCUAUUGGUUCAAGGCCAUCAAAGCAGUGCUGAUGUAUCUGGUGCUUAUUGUAUUGUUGUACGCAGCCAUCUUCACAGUAAUGAACUUUAUGAUAUUCACCGAAUCGCCUGAUCGCAGCGAAAUGUACAAGUUCGAACGUUUCUACAAGGCCACCAUGAUUUUAUUGGUCGUCUCACACGGGGAUAACACUCUCAUAUCCACCGCGAACAUAGCUGUCGUUUCGUUAUUCCUGUGUGUUGGAUAUGUUAUGCAACUUUUUUUGUACGCUGAAGUCAUGCAGGUGUGGAACAAAUUCGAGAGUGCCAGUAACAAGAACGAUAAUUUACUUCAACAAUUCAAGGAAUAUAUGAAAUACAAAGGGUUGCCGAUACAGAUAAGAGAAAAAAUGUUCACUUACUUCAAUUUCAAGUUCCAGAACGAAUUUUUCAAUGAAGCCCAAAUUAACAGUAUGGUUUCUGACAUUUUGAAGCAGGAAAUAUUGAUGCACGUGACGAAGAUUCAUCUUGAGAAGGCGCAAUUUUUCAAAGGCAUUCCAGAAACGGUUCUUAUGAAAAUCGUUUCUCAGCUGAAAUCAGAAAUUUAUUUGCCUGACGAUGUGAUAGUGACAGCCGGAACACCUGGAACAUGCAUGUACUUCAUUUAUUUCGGCACUGUCGCCGUAUAUACGGCUAUGGGAAAAGAGAUAUGUCAUCUGGAGGACGGGGCCCAUUUCGGCGAGAUAGCGCUGGUGUUCAACGAGCCCCGCAUCGCGACAGUAGUCGCAGUGACACCCUGUGAGCUGUUCAAGUUGAAACGAACCGACUUCCUCGACGUCAUCGAGCCCUUCGCCGAACUCAAAACCCAGAUCGUCGCCAACGCCAGAGAGAGGUUGCUCCGAUCAAGGAUCGAAAGUUUUUGA